AUGGAAGAAACACAAGGGAUCAUAGAAGAAGAUCUGGAGAAAAUGACUAUGGUAACCACUUAUGCGGCAGACAAAAAUGGCCUGAAUGUAAUCCUCAAAGAAAAUUGGAAGAUAUUGAGCACGGAAGAGACCCUCCCUUUCAAGGGGAUGGGGAUACCAAAGAUAGGUUAUAGACGGGGGAGAUCACUGAAGGAUAUAUUACAGUUAACAGAUCCUAUACACUGCUACACAACCAGAACGUGGCUGGAAGAGGCUAAACCUGGAUGCUUCAAAUGCAGUGGGUGUACCACAUGCAACGGGAUGAUUACAGCUUCCUUUGUCAAUGUCCAGUCCCUGGAAUCAAGUUCAAGUGUUACAUCAAGUCAACAGUGGUCCACAAAUGAUUCUACAACCCAUUCAAAAGUAACCAGUAUCCAUUUGACCACUACUAUUUCUGAUCCAACUAAACAAGAGACUACAACCAGUAAGAGGAAAACAUCUUCUGAUAUUUUAGAUUCUGGACAAGCAACAUCAGCCAUUAUUCCAGAUACCGCUACGGUGAAAGACCAAUCACUUGAAUCAAUAUUAACCACCAUUGAAAAACUAUUGUGGACAACAGAUGAUCUUAUCACAACAGAAUCUUCAACAACAAGUAAUGAUCUGUCUUUUUCCAGUACUGAAACCAAUAGCCAGAAAACAGCAACUAUUAACACUGUGACCAUUUCUAAUAUGGAGCAAAGCAGCCCAACUGUGGAAAAAGAAACACUAGAAACAAUAUUGAACACAAUAGAACAUUUGUUGUGGACAACAGAAGAGCCUACCAGUAUAAUGACCACAACCCAGUCUGCAUUAUCCAGUAAUACUGUGACAUCUCUCCAUUCUGAUACUGCUGACCUAGAGACCUCAACAAGAAACACAGUGACUUCUGAUAUUGAGUCCAGUAGCCAGUCACUGGAUUCAAUACUGAGCACCAUAGCAAGCCGUCUGUGGACAUCAGAUGAUAAUAUCAGCUUAAUGACAACUACAGAAUCAGCAUUAUCCACUAAACCUUUGACAGAUUCUAGCUCUGAUAACAAUAGCCAACAGACUUUAAACAGUAACAAAGUAACAUCUUUCAUCACUGACACUAAUAGCAAACCAGUAUCAACUAGUAACACUGUGACCUACCUGAAUACUGAGACAAGUCAACAAGGAUCAACCAGCAUUAUGGAAACUUCUGAUACAAGUGGUGUCCCUAUUUCAACUGGUCAGCCAAUAUUAACCAGUAACUCAAUGACAUCUUCAGAUACUGAAAUAACUGGCCAAGCAGAAUCAUCUAGUUUUACAGUGAAGACCUACAGCAGUCAACCUGAAUCAGAGAGUACAACAGUAACAAUUUUCAGUACUGACACUAGCAGCCAAUCUACAUCAAUUAAUGAUACAAGAACAACAUCUAAAGUUGACGUCAGUACUCCAAUGGCUUCAGCUAGUAAUUUAGUGACAUCUUCAAGCAUUAGUAACUCAGUGCCCUCUUCUAUUACUAACAGUACUAGCCAACCAGCUUCAGUCAGUAACAACUCCCCUAAUACUGAUAGCAUUCAAUCAGCAUCAGCAAUCAAUGUUGCACCCUCUGUUAUCUCUGAUACUACUAAUUUAAGCACUGAAACCAGUAGUCAACAACCAUCAACUGUUAAUCCAGUGACCUCUUCCAAUGUUGCAAACAGCAGCCAACCAACAUCGACAAAUACUGCAAGUACUACUUUUAGCACUGGAAACACUAGUCAACAACCAUCAACCAUUUUUCCAGCUACCUCUUCUGAUGUUGCCAACAGCACCCAACAAACAUCAACAAAUGCCCCAAGUACUGCUUCCAAUACUGUAAUUACUAGUCAACAAACAUCAACCAUUACUCAAGAGAGCUCUUCUGAUGUUGUCAACAGCACACAACCAACUUUAACAAAUACCCCAAGUAUUGUUUCCAAAACUGGAACCAAUAGUCAACAAACAUCAACCAUUAAUCCAGUGGCCUCUUCUGAUGUUGUCAACAGUACACAACCAACUUUAACAACUACCCCAAGUACUGCUUUCAAUACUGGAACCAGCAGUCAACAAACAUCAACCAUUAACCCAGCAACCUCUUCUGAUGUUGCCAACAGCACCCAAUCAACAUCAACAAAUACUGCAAGUACUGCUUCCAAUACUGGAACUACUAGUCAACAAACCUCAACCAUUAAUCCAGCAGCCUCUUCUGAUGUUCUCAACAGCACCCAACCAACAUCAACAAAUACUGCAAGUACUGCUUCCAAUACUGGAACUACUAAUCAACAAACAUCAACCAUUAAUCCAGAGACCUCUUCCGAUGUUGUCAGCAGCAUACAAACAACAUUAACAUUAAAUAUCACAAAUACUGCUUUCGUUACUGAGAGUAGUAGUCAACAAUCAUCAACCUUUAAUCCAGUGACUUCAUCCAAUGUUUCAACCGGAACUCAACAAACAUUAACAAAUACCAAAAAUACUAAUUUAAACACUGGAACCGGUAGUCAACAAACAUCAACCAUUAACCCAGCAACCUCUUCUGAUGUUGCCAACAGCACCCAAACAACAUCAACAAAUACCACAAAUACUAAUUUUAGCACUGGAACAACUAGCCAGCAACCAGCAACAAUUAAUCCAGCGACAUCUUCUGAUGUUACCAUCAGUACCCAACCAACCAGUAGUCAACAAUCAUCCACUAUUACUGUUUAUAAUACUGGAACUACUAGUCAACAAACAUCAACCAUUAAUCCAGUGACCUCUUCUGAUGUUGCCAAUAGUACCCAACCAACCUCAACAAAUACCACAAAUACUACUUUCAGCACUGGAACCAGUAGUCAACAAUCAUCCACCAUUAAUCCAGAGACCUCUUCUGAUGUUGCCAACAGCACCCAACCAACAUCAACAAAUACUGCAAGUACUGUUUUCAAUACUGGAACUAUUAGUCAACAAACAUCAACCAUUAAUACAGAGUCCUCUUCGGAUGUUUUCAGGAGCACACAACUAACUUUAACAAAUACCUCAAGUACUGCUUUCAAUACUGGAACCAAUAGUCAACAAACAUCAAUCAUUAACACAUCAACCUCUUCUGAUGUGGCCAACAGCACCCAACCAACAUCAACAAAUACUGAAAGUACUAAUUUCAGUACAGGAACCAGUAGUCAACAACCAUCAACCAUUAAUCCAGUGACCUCUUCUGAUGUUGCCAACAGCACCCAACCAACAUCAACAAAUACCCCAAGUACUGCUUCCAAUACUGAAAUUACUAAUCAACAAACAUCAACCAUUAAUCCAGCUACCUCUUCUGCUGUUGCCAAAAGCACCCAACCAACAUCAAUAAAUACCCCAAGUACUGCUUCCAAUACUGGAAUUACAAGUCAACAAACAUCAACCAUUAUUCCAGCUACCUCUUCUGAUGUUGCCAACAGCACCCAACCAACAUCAACAAAUACCCCAAGUACUGCUUCCAAUACUGGAAUUACUAGUCAGCAAACAUCAACCAUUAAUCCAGUGACCUCUUCUGAUGUUACCAACAGCACCCAACCAACAUCAAUGAAUACCCCAAGUACUGCUUUCAAUACUGGAAUUACUAGUCAAAAAACAUCAGCCAUUAAUCCAGCUACCUCUUCUGAUGUUGCCAACAGCACCCAACCAACAUCAACAAAUACCCCAAGUACUGCUUCCAAUACUGGAAUUACUAAUCAACAAACAUCAACUAUUAAUCCAGUGACCUCUUCUGAUGUUGCCAACAGCACCCAACCAACAUCAACAAAUACCCCAAGUACUGCUUCCAAUACUGGAAUUACUAGUCAACAAACAUCAACCAUUAAUCCAGCAACCUCUUCUGAUGUUGCCAGCAGCACCCAACCAACAUCAACGAAUACUCCAAGUACUGCUUCCAAUACUGGAACCAGUAGUUUACAGACAUCAACCAUUAAUCCAGCAACCUCUUCUGAUAUUGUCUUCAGCACCCAAUCAAUAUUAACAAAUACCACAAAUACUACUUUCAGCACUGGAACCAGUAGUCAACAAUCAUCCACCAUUAAUCCAGUGACCUCUUCUGAUGUUGCCAACAGCACCCAACCAACAUCAACAAAUACCCCAAGUACUGCUUCCAAUACUGGAAUUACAAGUCAACAAACAUCAACCAUUAAUCCAGCUAGCUCUUCUGCUGUUGCCAACAGCACCCAACCAACAUCAAUAAAUACCCCAAGUACUGCUUCCAAUACUGGAAUUACAAGUCAACAAACAUCAACCAUUAAUCCAGCUACCUCUUCUGAUGUUGCCAACAGCACCCAACCAACAUCAACAAAUACCGCAAAUACUGCUUCCAAUACUGGAAUUACUAGUCAACAAACAUCAACCAUUAAUCCAGUGACCUCUUCUGAUGUUGCCAACAGCACCCAACCAACAUCAACGAAUACCUCAAGUACUGCUUUCAAUACUGGAAUUACUAGUCAACAAACAUCAACCAUUAAUCCAGCUACCUCUUCUGAUGUUGCCAACAGCACCCAACCAACAUCAACAAAUACCCCAAGUACUGCUUCGAAUACUGGAAUUACUAGUCAACAAACAUCAACCAUUAAUCCAGCUACCUCUUCUGAUGUUGCCAACAGCACCCAACCAACAUCAACAAAUACCCCAAGUACUGCUUCCAAUACUGGAAUUACUAGUCAGCAAACAUCAACCAUUAUUCCAGCUACCUCUUCUGAUAUUGCCAACAGCACCCAACCAACAUCAACAAAUACCCCAAGUACUGCUUCCAAUACUGGAAUUACUAGUCAACAAACAUCAACCAUUAAUCCAGUGACCUCUUCUGAUGUUACCAACAGCACCCAACCAACAUCAAUGAAUACCCCAAGUACUGCUUUCAAUACUGGAAUUACUAGUCAAAAAACAUCAGCCACUAAUCCAGCAACCUCUUCUAAUGGUGCCAGCAGCACCCAACCAACAUCAACGAAUACUCCAAGUACUGCUUCCAAUACUGGAACCAGUAGUUUACAGACAUCAACCAUUAAUCCAGCAACCUCUUCUGAUGUUGUCAUCAGCACCCAAUCAAUAUCAACAAAUACCACAAAUACUACUUUCAGCACUGGAACCAGUAGUCAACAAUCAUCCACCAUUAAUCCAGUGACCACUUCUGAUGUUGCCAACAGCACCCAACCAACAUCAACAAAUACCCCAAGUACUGCUUCCAAUACUGAAAUUACUAGUCAACAAACAUCAACCAUUAAUCCAGCUACCUCUUCUGCUGUUGCCAACAGCACCCAACCAACAUCAACAAAUACCCCAAGUACUGCUUUCAAUACUGGAAUUACAAGUCAACAAACAUCAACCAUUAAUCCAGCUACCUCUUCUGAUGUUGCCAACAGCACCCAACCAACAUCAACAAAUACCCCAAGUACUGCUUCCAAUACUGGAAUUACAAGUCAACAAACAUCAACCAUUAAUCCAGUGACCUUUUCUGAUGUUGCCAACAGCACCCAACUAACAUCAACGAAUACCCCAAGUACUGCUUUCAAUACUGGAAUUACUAGUCAACAAACAUCAACCAUUAAUCCAGCUACCUCUUCUGAUGUUGCCAAGAGCACCCAACCAACAUCAACAAAUACCCCAAGUACUGCUUCCAAUACUAGAAUUACUAGUCAACAAACAUCAACCAUUUAUCCAGUGACCUCUUCUGAUGUUGCCAACAGCACCCAACCAACAUCAACAAAUACCCCAAGUACUGCUUCCAAUACUGGAAUUACUAGUCAACAAACAUCAACCAUUAAUCCAGCAACCUCUUCUGAUGUUGCCAGCAGCACCCAACCAUCAUCAACGAAUACCCCAAGUACUGCUUUCAAUACUGGAAUUACUAGUCAACAAACAUCAGCCAUUAAUCCAGCUACCUCUUCUGAUGUUGCCAACAGCACCCAACCAACAUCAACAAAUACCCCAAGUACUGCUUCCAAUACUGGAAUUACUAGUAAACAAACAUCAACCAUUAAUCCAGUGACCUCUUCUGAUGUUGCAAACAGCACCCAACCAACAUCAACAAAUACCCCAAGUACUGCUUCCAAUACUGGAAUUACUAGUCAACAAACAUCAACCAUUAAUCCAUCAACCUCUUCUGAUGUUGCCAGCAGUACCCAACCAACAUUAACGAAUACUCCAAGUACUGCUUCCAAUACUGGAACCAGUAGUUUACAGAGAUCAACCAUUAAUCCAGCAACCUCUUCUGAUAUUGUCAUCAGCACCCAAUCAAUAUCAACAAAUACCACAAAUACUACUUUCAGCACUGGAACCAGUAGUCAACAAUCAUCCACCAUUAAUCCAGAGACCUCUUCUGAUGUUGCCAACAACACCCAACCAACAUCAACAAAUACCCCAAGUACUGCUUCCAAUACUGGAAUUACAAGUCAACAAACAUCAACCAUUAAUCCAGCUACCUCUUCUGCUGUUGCCAACAGCACCCAACCAACAUCAAUAAAUACCCCAAGUACUGCUUCCAAUACUGGAAUUACAAGUCAACAAACAUCAAACAUUAAUCCAGCUACCUCUUCUGAUGUAGCCAACAGCACCCAACCAACAUUAACAAAUACCCCAAGUACUGCUUCCAAUACUGGAAUUACUAGUCAACAAACAUCAACCAUUAAUCCAGUGACCUCUUCUGAUGUUGCCAACAGCACCCAACCAACAUCAACGAAUACCCCAAGUACUGCUUCCAAUACUGGAAUUACUAGUCAACAAACAUCAACCAUUAAUCCAGCUACCUCUUCUGAUGUUGCCAACAGCACCCAACCAACAUCAACAAAUACCCCAAGUACUGCUUCCAAUACUGGAAUUACUAGUCAACAAACAUCAACCAUUAAUCCAGCAACCUCUUCUGAUGGUGCCAGCAGCACCCAACCAACAUCAACGAAUACUCCAAGUACUGCUUCCAAUACUGGAACCAGUAGUUUACAGAGAUCAACCAUUAAUCCAGCAACCUCUUCUGAUAUUGUCAUCAGCACCCAAUCAAUAUCAACAAAUACCACAAAUACUACUUUCAGCACUGGAACCAGUAGUCAACAAUCAUCCACCAUUAAUCCAGUGACCACUUCUGAUGUUGCCAACAGCACCCAACCAACAUCAACAAAUACCCCAAGUACUGCUUCCAAUACUGAAAUUACUAGUCAACAAACAUCAGCCAUUAAUCCAGCUACCUCUUCUGCUGUUGCCAACAGCACCCAACCAACAUCAACAAAUACCCCAAGUACUGCUUCCAAUACUGGAAUUACAAGUCAACAAACAUCAACCAUUAAUCCAGCUACCUCUUCUGAUGUUGCCAACAGCACCCAACCAACAUCAACAAAUACCCCAAGUACUGCUUCCAAUACUGGAAUUACAAGUCAACAAACAUCAACCAUUAAUCCAGUGACCUCUUCUGAUGUUGCCAACGGCACACAACCAACAUCAACGAAUACCCCAAGUACUGUUUUCAAUACUGGAAUUACUAGUCAACAAAAAUCAACCAUUAAUCCAGCUACCUCUUCUGAUGUUGCCAACAGCACCCAACCAACAUCAACAAAUAACCCAAGUACUGCUUCCAAUACUGGAAUUACUAGUAAACAAACAUCAACCAUUUAUCCAGUGACCUCUUCUGAUGUUGCCAACAGCACCCAACCAACAUCAACAAAUACCCCAAGUACUGCUUCCAAUACUGGAAUUACUAGUCAACAAACAACAACCAUUAAUCCAGCAACCUCUUCUGAUGUUGCCAGCAGCACCCAACCAACAUUAACGAAUACUCCAAGUACUGCUUCCAAUACUGGAACCAGUAGUUUACAGACAUCAACCAUUAAUCCAGCAACCUCUUCUGAUAUUGUCAUCAGCACCCAAUCAAUAUCAACAAAUACCACAAAUACUACUUUCAGCACUGGAACCAGUAGUCAACAAUCAUCCACCAUUAAUCCAGUGACCUCUUCUGAUGUUGCCAACAGCACCCAACCAACAUCAACAAAUACCCCAAGUACUGCUUCCAAUACUGGAAUUACAAGUCAACAAACAUCAACCAUUAAUCCAGCUACCUCUUCUGCUGUUGCCAACAGCACCCAACCAACAUCAAUAAAUACCCCAAGUACUGCUUCCAAUACUGGAAUUACAAGUCAACAAACAUCAACCAUUAAUCCAGCUACCUCUUCUUAUGUUGCCAACAGCACCCAACCAACAUUAACAAAUACCCCAAGUACUGCUUCCAAUACUGGAAUUACUAGUCAACAAACAUCAACCAUUAAUCCAGCUACCUCUUCUUAUGUUGCCAACAGCACCCAACCAAAAUCAACAAAUACCCCAAGUACUGCUUCCAAUACUGGAAUUACUAGUCAACAUACAUCAACCAUUAAUCCAGCAACCUCUUCUGAUGGUGCCAGCAGCACCCAACCAACAUCAACGAAUACUCCAAGUACUGCUUCCAAUACUGGAACCAGUAGUUUACAGACAUCAACCAUUAAUCCAGCUACCUCUUCUGAUGUUGCCAACAGCACCCAACCAACAUCAACAAAUACCACAAGUACUGCUUCCAAUACUGGAAUUACAAGUCAACAAACAUCAACCAUUAAUCCAGUGACCUCUUCUAAUGUUGCCAACAGCACCCAACCAACAUCAACGAAUACCCCAAGUACUGCUUUCAAUACUGGAAUUACUAGUCAACAAACAUCAACCAUUAAUCCAGCUACCUCUUCUGAUGUUGCCAACAGCACCCAACCAACAUCAACAAAUACCCCAAGUACUGCUUCCAAUACUAGAAUUACUAGUCAACAAACAUCAACCAUUUAUCCAGUGACCUCUUCUGAUGUUGCCAACAGCACCCAACCAACAUCAACAAAUACCCCAAGUACUGCUUCCAAUACUGGAAUUACUAGACAACAAACAUCAACCAUUAAUCCAGCAACCUCUUCUGAUGUUGCCAGCAGCACCCAACCAACAUCAACAAAUACUCCAAGUACUGCUUACAAUACUGGAACCAGUAGUUUACAGACAUCAACCAUUAAUCCAGCAACCUCUUCUGAUGUUGUCAUCAGCACCCAAUCAAUAUCAACAAAUACCACAAAUACUACUUUCAGCACUGGAACCAGUAGUCAACAAUCAUCCACCAUUAAUCCAGUGACCCCUUCUGAUGUUGCCAACAGCAUCCAACCAACAUCAACAAAUACCCCAAGUUCUGCUUCCAAUACUGGAACUACUAGUCAACAAACAGCAAUUAAUCCAGAGACCUCUUCUGAUAUUUUCAACAGCACACAACCAACUUUUACAAAUACCCCAAGUAUUGUUUCCAAUACUGGAACCAGUAGCCAACAUCCAUCAACCAUUAAUCCAGUGACUUCUUCCAGUUUUGUAACCAGCAUACAACAAAUAUCAACAAAUAUUGCAAGUACUAAUUUAAGCACAGGAUCCAGUAGUCAACAACCAUCCACCAUUAAUCCAGUGACCUCUUCUGUUGUCAAUAGCACCCAAUCAACCUCAACAAAUACCACAAAUACUACUUUCAGCACUGGAACCAGUAGUCAACAAUCAUCCACCAUUAAUCCAGAGACCUCUUCUGCCAACAGCACCCAAUCAACAUUAACAAAUACUGCAAGUACUGCUUCCAAUACUGGAACUAAUAAUCAACAGACAUUAACUACUAGCCCAGCGACCUCUUCCAAUUCUGUUAGCAGCACCAAACCAGCAAUCACAAAUCACACAGUUAAUCCUGAAAGUACUGGGAUCAACAGUCAACAAACAUCAACCAGCAGCACAGUUGCAUCUUCCAAAUCAUCACCUGUUUCCAGCACUACAUUCACAAGUGAUUCAACUACAGGUUCUAAAGUGACCCCUUCCAGUACUAUGACAAAUAACACUUUGGUGACCAGUAAUAGUGUGUCUAAUUCAUCUGGGACAAAUGGAUAUACUUCAGAGGUGACAGUAGCUGUAACUCCAGCCCGUCUUCAGCCUUGGUCUAUCAUUGUCAUUGCUGUGGCUGUAGGAAUUGGAACAUUUAUCCUAGUAGGAGGUAUAUUUGGGGCUAUGUAUUGCAUAAAAAUCUUUAGAGGUCCUAGGAGUUACGAUGUGGCGGGUGCGUUUAUUUGAGACUCUACCCAGAAUCCUUUGCAAGGUUUCUGUCUCCUGCAUUCAACAGUAUUAAAAAAAAAUCCAAAGUAUUCAGGACUGCAAAAUUCUCCUGUUAAUUAAUAGUGACAUCUGGUGGUCAUUGUAUGUAUUACAGGAGAUACAUUUGUGUAACGGAUUAUUUGUGGUCAGAAUAUUCAAAGAGUUGUAUUCUAUGAACUACACACAGUGUGAGGAUAGCCCUAUGGUCACUGUGUAUUUUGCACAUUAUAUAUAUUUAUAUUUAUGUUGUUCAAUUAUUAUGGUCAAGAUGUGGAUUUGCUGGUCAAAGCCAUAAAAUGUACAGAAAUGUUUUAAUUAUGUAACAUUUCUUAUGAGAAUUAAA